UUCUUGUCUCUCUCAAUGGAGAGUGACUGUAUAGAUCAAUAAUGAGGACCAGCCCUCGCAGGCCCUUAAUUCUGAAAAGACGGAAACUGACCCUCCCACAGAAGGAUGCAUCCAGUACUUCAGCAAGAGGUGAGAACAGUGGUCAGGAUGAAAAGACUCUUAAGCAGGAGCACAGCCAUGAGAACCAACACAACAGCCAACCCAGAGACAAAAUGGACUGUGGCCUGCAGAAAUUCAGUGCAGGAAUAAAGAUAAUUGACCAUCCUACCAUGCCCAACACACAAGUAGUGGCCAUCCCUACAAAUGCUGAUAUCCAGAGCAUCAUAGAGGCACUGACAGCAAAAGGAAAAGAAUGUGGCAACAAUGGGCCCAACAAGUUCAUUCUCAUUAGCAGUUCAGCAGGUCCAAUGCCAUCACAGCAUCUCCCAUCAGAGAAGAAAUCCAGUGCAGCAACCAAGGCUGUAGAUGAAGAAAGAGAGAAGAAUGUUACACAGACAGCUGGUCUUGCAAGAGGGACAACGCUCUGGCAUUCAGGAAUUGAUUCUGUGGUUGGACAGGAACAGGAGAGCAACAGCAGUGGCGAGACAAUGAGCUCUGUGUUGGACAAUAGUCUCACUAACAUCCAGUGGCUUGGGAAGAUGAGAUCUGAUGGGCUAAGUCCCUGUUCUGUGAAGCAAGACACAGGGAAAGAGAACCAGAUACCUCCGCAGGAAAGAAUCAAGGCUGAAGAAGAUUCUGCUGCUGCUAUUCCUACUGCUGCCGCCUCCUCCUCAUGGCAAGAUUCAGUAUCAGAACGACCUCCUUACUCGUAUAUGGCCAUGAUCCAGUUUGCCAUCAACAGCACUGAGAAGAAGCGUAUGACUCUGAAGGACAUCUAUACCUGGAUUGAGGAUCAUUUCCCAUAUUUUAAACAUGUGGCUAAGCCAGGUUGGAAGAACUCCAUUCGACACAACCUGUCUCUUCAUGAUAUGUUUGUUCGUGAGACAUCUGCUAAUGGUAAAAUCUCAUUCUGGACUAUUCACCCUGAUGCAAACCGUUGCCUAACGUUGGACCAGGUAUUUAAGCCACUGGACUUGGGGUCACCAACAUCGCCUGAGCACUCUGAAUCACAGCAAAAGAGACAUCUUCCAGAUCCCCAGAAGAACGUGGGAAGCAACAGCAGCAGCAAAACUGAACCCCAGAAUGCACGCCGAAAGAUGAAGCCUUUGCUUCCUCGUAUCAACUCCUACCUGGUUCCGAUCCAGUUUCCUUUGAGUCAGCCUCUUGUCUUGCAGCCUUCUAUGAAGGUUCCUCUAGCCAUGGCACAGGGAGCAUCCCUCAACAGCUCAGAGACUUUCCGGAGCAAUAAGCGUGUGCGCAUUGCCCCAAAGAUGUCACCCUCUACAGAAGAGUCAUCCGCUUUACCCACGGCUACUGUUAAAGAGGAGAGUCAAUGUGAUGAAGGUUUAUUUUCCCCUACUCAUUCCCUAAAGGAGAGCAGCUCCCAGCCUGGUGAAGAAUCAGCGUCUUUCCCUGAGAGCAUCUGUAUAAAGGAGGAAGAAGGCUCUCAACUGGAUGACUGGCUGUCCCCAUUUGCCUCAACCGUAACAGUAAAGGAAGAGCCAGGCUUGUUCCUCCCAGUCUCAUCUACAAAGGAGAAGAAACAAUUCACCAUACUGAAGUCGCCAUCUAAGGGUGUUUCUGACACAUUAGUUAUAAAGAGGCGGGAAAUGGGCAGAUCCAGAAGGAAACAACGCCUAGCACUGCCAUGCUCAGAAGAACCCGUCCUUGUUUUGCCAGAAAACAAUGGCUUUGACCCUUUCCAGUUAGGGGCAGACCGCCCCUUCCUGCAGGAAAGCCAGCCUCUUGAGAAUGUAUCACAGCUCAGCUGCUCACAGGGGGAGGAGGGGCCCUUUAAAACACCAGUCAAGGAGAUAUUCAGCAAAUUGCCUGUUUCUUCCACUCCCAGUAAAGUCUCAGCAACUACUACCCCCCCACUAGGGGGCCUUGACCCCAGGAAGUCUGUAUCCUUAGCCAAAGGAAGUCACGAGCUGGACUUCAGCCCAGUGAGAACCAUUCAGUUGCCAUUCACACCCCUCCAGGAGAACCAGGACUUGCUGGGUUUUAACAGCACACCCCUUAAAAAUCCCCUCUUUGAGUCCCCUCGGGAACUGCUCAAUACAGAAUCCAGUGACAUGGUGCAUGCCCCCCUCACGAGCUCUCCGGCUUUUAUCCAUGAGUCUACUAGGCAAUCAUCUGUUGAACUGCCAGCUUCUGGGUUUACUGAAAAUCGGUCACUCAUGGAGGGCCUUAUCCUGGACACCAUGAAUGACAGUCUGAGCAAAAUCCUUCUAGAUAUCAGCUUUCCUGGUCUUGAGGAUGAAAACUUAGGAACGGACAUUAGUUGGUCUCAGCUCAUACCUGAACUGAAGUAA